CUUUCCGCACGCAGCAGAUGACGUAUACACGAGGAGUGGCUUUUAUGUAGCCGACCCCCACGUGUUGUUAAGGAAGGAUGAUGACUUAAGUACAGUUAACCGAGAGGCCAUCUACAGGAGAAUAGCUACAAAGCGUCGCGGCCCCGAUAUCUGCCGCCGCGGUUCCGUCAUACCGCGUCAUUCCCGUACCGCACUUUAUCGCCUCGACCGAUCAUAUGCGUGAUUUUCCUCUCCACCGAUGGGUGAACAAUGGAGAAGCCGCCAGCAGAAAUUUCUAGCGAGCCUCCUAUUUUCCCAUGCACGGGAUCAUUCUUUAUGAUGCUGUUGUUGUGUAGGAGGGCAGGGACGGACAUCAUCACCUCGGCGGAUUUCUGCUAGAAAACGCUCACAACACGACGGGCUGUCACCGGCCUCGCAUCCCUUCUCGAAGCGUGCGGCUGAUGUCGCUGCUCUCCUCCGGGCAAACAUGGUGAAAUUCCCAGCGCUCACGCACUACUGGCCUCUCAUCCGAUUCCUGAUUCCUCUGGCUAUAACCAACAUAGCCAUCGAUCUCGGCGAACAGGCUUUGAACAGGGGAAUAGCGGCGGUCAAAGAGGAUGCGGUGGAAAUGCUGGCCAGUUAUGGCCUGGCUUACUCCCUCAUGAAGUUCUUCACGGGCCCUAUGAGCGACUUCAAGAACGUAGGGCUGGUGUUUGUAAACAGCAAACGGGACAGAACCAAGGCGGUCCUCUGCAUGGUUGCUGCAGGAACUGUGGCGAUCAUUUUCCACACUCUCAUUGCCUAUACAGAGCUGGGCUAUUACAUCAUUAACAAACUGCAUCAUGUGGAUGAGUCUGUGGGGAGUAAAACUCGGAGGGCGUUCUUUUACCUGGCUGCUUUUCCUUUACUCGAUGCCAUGGCCUGGACUCAUGCUGGAAUCCUUCUGAAGCACAAGCACAGUUUCCUGGUGGGAUGUGCCUCUAUUUCUGAUGUCAUUGCACAGGUUGUUUUUGUGGCUAUUUUGCUCCACAGUCAUCUGGAGUGUGUAGAGCCCUUGUUGAUUCCAAUCCUCUCUCUGUAUAUGGGAGCCUUUGUACGCUUCACUAUUGUUGGUUUGGGGUACUACAGGACCAUCCAUGACAACAUCCCAGACUCCAGCGGUCCUGAGGUUGGGGGAGAUGCCACUAUUAAAAAGAUGCUAAGCUUUUGGUGGCCGCUGGCUCUGAUUCUGGCUACGCAGCGGAUUAGCAGGCCUAUCGUCAACCUGUUUGUAUCGCGAGAUCUGAAAGGAAGCACAGCUGCCACAGAGGCUGUUGCGGUUCUCACGGCAACAUAUCCGGUGGGUCACAUGCCAUAUGGCUGGCUUACCGAACUCCGAGCUGUUUACCCUGCGUUUGACAAGAGCCCAAGUAACAAGUUGGCCAGCAGUGGUACAGUUGCGACAAAGUCCCACAUCAGACGCUUCACUUUUGGGUGUUUGGCUCUUUCUAUAACACUCUGUUUUAUGGUGUUCUGGGCUCCAAACAUUUCUGAGAGGAUUCUGAUAGACAUCAUAGGAGUAGAUCUUGCCUUUGCUGAGCUCUGUGUCACCCCAUUACGGAUUUUCUCCUUCUUUCCCAUUCCAGUUACAAUUCGUGCUCACCUGACUGGUUGGCUCAUGACCCUGAAAAAGACCUUCGUUCUGGCACCCAGCUCUGUUCUCCGCAUUAUUGUUCUCAUCACAAGUCUUAUAGUGCUGCCUUACAUGGGGGUACAUGGGGCCACACUUGGAGUUGGAUCUCUGCUGGCUGGUUUUAUCGGGGAGUCCACUAUGGUUGCAAUCGCAGCUUGCUAUGUGUAUCGAAAACAGAAGAAGAAAGACUCCGAUGAGGUCCUCACCAUGGACGAUGAGGACUCCGCCCCCAUGAAUGAAGUCAGGGGCGGGAAUCGCAUGGAUGACAUCGCUGAGUUAAGAGAGGAGGAUGAGGAAGAACUGGAGGAAGUCUGAGCGGUGGAUUCUGCGCUGAGCAGGAUGCAUUGUGGGAAUCCGGGCCCUCUUGUUUUCUCGGGGCAGUGUCGUCAUUGCUUGCUUUACCCCGCUGCUCUUUUCCUUCUGCCACGGUGGGAGAAUGUCCAGUUUUCCAUUUCAGUGUGCACACAGUUUAAAUAAACACACAGAGGGAGAGUUAGACACGAUCAUGAUGAAGAGACCAGGUGUCCUCUGCAGCAUAUCCUUGUCGAAAAAUCCUCACAGUAAACACGCAGACAUAUAAACGUGUUCAUAUCUUCCAGCUGCCAUCAGGAGAUUCCCGAUGCAGGAAUGUGAAGAUAUUGAUUUGUACCAAAGCAACGUUGUCAAUUAACUCUUUAUUUUUCUGUAUGCUGAUCUUUUAUUGCGCUGCUGUCCUACGCAUUUUGAAUCUUGAAAGGAAGGACGAUACUACAUGCAAAUACAUCAUCCGCUCGGAAUAAAUUUCUUCUGUUUUUCUUUUUUUUACAUCUUAUACCUUACAGAUAUUAACUGACUUGAAAAGACUUUUGAGGUCCGGGGCAGUGACAGUUUUAUGGACCAACUCUUUUUUUGGCUUUUAUCAGGACAAGAAAUUAUUAUCAACAGGGGAUAUACAUAUUAAUAUAUAUGGAGAUUCUUAUUGGAAUUAAGAAUGAAUUUGAUGGACAUCUUAGAAAACAACAGUUUCAGAGUGACAAAUGGUUUAUGGGUGUUCUUGAGGACCUAUUUUUUAAAUAUACCAUGUGUUGUAGAUGUAUAAAAUAUGAUACAUUUUGUACGAGUGAUGUUGUGAACUGUAUAUGUGGUUGGAAACGGAAGAAUUGGACUGUGUGUUUUCAUAAUUGUCUUUUGCAGUAUUUUUAUUAUUUAUAUUUAAUUUAAUUUGGACAAUUAUUUUGUAUCUCAGGAUGUCGUGAAAUACACACAUUAAGUAAGUCCAAUUAUUCAUACUUCCCCUUUGAGAUGCUUUUUUUUUAAACGAUGCACAGCUAUUAAGGACGCCAUAAGCUGUUUGUUUAAUUUAGAUUGUAGUGAAGUCUGGUUAAGCUUGUUUUGUAUAGGGUGUUCUGAACAAUGCAAAAAUUACACGAUGGAACAAAACAUCACAGUCUGGCAAAAUAACGUGUCCAGUCCUCUGUUAUUAAACAGUGAAAAUGUGGUUUAAA